UUGUUCAUCUCGUCUCUCUCUUUUACAUCACUUUCAUUUCAAACAACACACCCUUCGGCGGUGCUUGUAUCAUUCCUUUAAAGCAAACUACCAGCCCGGUUCUGGUAUUUAUUGUUCAUUUUAUUUUUAUUUUUUUACACCAUGCGCUCCUUCACCGUUGCAUCUGCCAUUUUGGGUGGCUUGUCGGCCACCUCGCCCGUGUACGGCCAGCAGUGUAAACUGCAGUUCGACGGAAGAAUUCCCGAGAACUUUGAGCUUACAGGCUUUGACAGCUCAAACAACCUCUUCAGCUCUAGCAAUGUUCUUGGCAAGGGCCUUAAGUUUAGUGAACUGCUCCAGUUUCCCGCCAAUGGGAAUCAGACAAAGACACUCUUCGACACUGCCGGGAAAACCAAGCCUCUCGAGGUCACCAUCAAGUACUUCACCCCACCCGGCAUCCCGUCCGACAAGUCCAUCUUUGUCCCCAACCCUGAUACGGUACAGAAUGGAUUCCGACGUACCGAACUGCUCAUCGCCAGCAACAAUGGCACCGACGAUUCGACCAAGGGUGUCAAGACCCUCCACUUCAGCGUGGCCAAGGACGCCAAGAGGCCGUUGAACCUUACCCACGAGUACCAGCUCGUGUUCCUCGAGGACAACAAAUUCAGCACCAACCAGAUUGUUGUCAAGACCGGCACCAUCGCGGGCCAGACCAGCAACAACACUAACACCCUCAAUGUGUUUGGCAACGUCAACGCUAGCCCGCCCAAGCUGCUGUUCAGCACCCCCUUUGCUGCAGAGGGCUUCCACAACUUUGCCAUAAAGAUGGACUUUGACAAGAACACCACCCAAGUCUUCUUCUCCAAGGGCAGCGAGGCCCUCAAGGCCGUCAGCAAGGAGGAGUCCAACGACGUCAGCGGUGGAGGCCAGUUCCACUUUGGCAUUCUCAAGAAGGGUGUCGGCAACGCCAAGGACAUUAUCCGCGACGGUAUCCAGGAGGCCAACAUCAACGAGGGCCUUAUCUACUCAGGAAUCUUCAUGGAGGAUAGCGCCGACGGAUGCGUCAGCUUGUCUACCAAAACUAAAGCCCAGGCUGCCAAGGCUGGAGGAGGCAAGGCUGGCAACAAGACGGCGCGCGCGAUUUAAGGUUGAGUGUUGCACAUCCGUUCGUUUCUCCCCUAGCUACCCCCAUCUGCUGCGCAAAUAGGCUGCUAGAAACGAGGUCUGGAACCCAUGGCAAAACCAUUCGUGUCGAGUCUAUCUGUUUUUCACAGGUUGGUAUUUGGGGGUCGGGGAGGUGGUGAUGAGCCAGGCUUGCCAAUAUGGUGUCAAACGUCCAGGACAAUGCAAACAAGCUUUACGCGAGCCCUCCUGAUGCAUGUAAUAGAGAGAAAGUGUAAUUAAUUGAAACUGUUUUACAA